ACUUUGAAUGAUCAAGGUCACUGAAACCAGAAGAGGCAAGAUCUCAACUAAUCAAUCGGUUUAAAUUAAUCGCUCGUGCUAACUUACUAAAGCUCACGCUUUUUGCCUUUUUUAUUCAGACACUUCUGGUGGUUCAGUGAGCUCCAACCUCUAAACUCACAUUUUUUCAACUGUGUACGUUAGCUUAGAAGUUAACCGCUCGGUAUUGCGAAUGAUGGACUAGCCGUUUCUGCUUCCCCCCAAAAUGCGAGAUAUUGGUAAGAAAAAGUGAUUAUUAUUUGACUGUAGUCCGAGAAGCGCGCUUUUUUUGCUUACAAGUUGCAAACUGGAGAUGAAUAUUUUGAGACGUAAGACUCAGUUACAAAUCUCGGGGUUAAAUUGGAGCCGAAAACAACAUUAUCAGAACUUCGAGCUCCAAGGUCUCUGUUCAGUUUGCUCUUUCGACGCUGACUGGGUUCAAGUCCGAAUGUUUGAAUAUGUGGUGUGCAGAUGUUAUUUUUACUGCCCGGUUGCACAAUCCAAAGUAUGUUGAACGAGUAUAAACCCAUUACAUACAUUGAUGUAUCGUACCUCAAUCAUCAUAUCACGGCUCAUAAGGAUUCCGUCUUGACUUUUAAGAGAGUAAAGACAUUUUUUACCGCAAAUAUAUCUUUGUGUAUCCAUUCUAAGUAAUUUUAUUUCCUACCUAGAUGAGAACGUUGCUUUUGCCUCACUUUACAAUAAUCAAUUCGGAUUAAUAUUUGGACGUUCUGAGUGAGUUCGUUUCACUUUUAAAAAAACCUAGAUAUUUGUUUCCUCAAUAAAACCAUGUUACCUAAACGCUAUUCUAGACUUGUUAAAAACAUGGUAAAACAUGUCUACAGAUUUAGGGCCAUGCUCAUCCUUAACUUAACUCUGUAUAAAUUUUAGGAAGAUAUUUAAGACAUCUUGAGUGUUAAAAAAAUAAAUAAAUUUCGAAAGUAUACUUUUUCUAUUCGUUUUAUACCUCGAACGGUUUGAAGUAAUUAAAUGGAGGAUAAUGUCAUUAUGCUUAUCAAAAUAGUUAUUGGGAAACAUAUUCAACAAUUGACAGGUUACAUAGUACCUAAUAAAUGAACCAGCUGAAUACUUCUAUGACAAGAUUUUUACAAUGGUCAUAUAGACGAAAAAAGAAUGAGAAUAUUUGGUAAUAAGAAAACUAUUAAUUUGGCAGCUUCUACCUCUGUGAUUGAAGGACUUCCUGAUGAACAGAGGACAUCUCCAGUUCGACGCACAUUUCUGCUUGCUGUUCUUUUCGACAUUAUUCUAAGUUUUAUUCUGUGGAUUAUAUAUACUAAACAAACGUAUCCUCUCAGUAUUGGUGAUGCAAUGUUGGAAGAAAUAAAAAAUUAUGAUUUCUCUAAAUCACUUUUCGAUACAGUUAUGUUAUCAGCUUUCCGGUUUAUUCUUAUGGAAAUAACUUAUGGCGUAGUUCAAAGUCGCACUCCGUGGUGGUCCGCUAUUUCUACUGGUUUAACAAGUUUAAUUCUGGUUGUUAAAUGUUUCAUUUUUAAUUUUCAUCAAAGGACUCCAGAUAAUCAAGGUCUAGCGUAUGCUGUUUUAAUCGCAUCAUUAAUUAUUUCAUGGAUUGAAACCACCUUCCUAAUUUAUCGCGUCAUUCCUCAAGAAAAAGCUGCCAAUCGUGUAACAAUGUGUUUAAAAGAGCAGGAUGAAACUCGAAGUUUGUUAAGUUCACGACUUGAGAAUCGUGUUCCUUGGUAUUCUGGUCUUUCUGUAUGGUCUAUGAGCAAUGCAGAUUUUUAUACACCACAAGGUUCACUAUUCGGAGAUGAAUCACCUGUAAAAAUUCCGAAAUCUCAUAAUCUUGAAGCUGCUGUAGAUGUAGCUGCUUUGUUACAUCGUACCAAUUCUUUACAAACAGAAAUGUGGAAUUUAUACGAAAAUGAAAUUUGGGGUGAUAAUUCACCUUCUGUCAAUAUCAAGUAUCCACUUCGAUCUGAAGUGUUGCCUAAUUAUCCUGCUAAGGUUUAUCGCCUAGAGGGUUUAUUGUCAGUUUCACCGUUUCAUUUAUUUAAUGAUAUGGUUAUAAAUGUCCAUGAAACGCCUAGCUGGAAUACUACUCUGACAUCCGUUGAGUGUAUCCAAGCUUUGGCUUCAGAGAAUAUUGACAUCAUACACAAUAUGGCUAAAGAGGCUGUCGGAGGUUUAAUAUCUGCCAGAGAUUUUGUUCUGUUGAGAUCAUGGGGAAUACAUAACAAUAAUUGUUACUUUAUAUGUUGUACUUCUGUUGAACAUCCUAAAUGUCCACCGAUUCCAAAUUAUGUACGUGCUGAACAAGUAAUUAGUGCGUGUAUAUUCCGACCAAUUCCUGAUUGUCCAAAUCAAUGCAAUUUAGUAUGGUUCUUAUGCAAUGAUUUAAAGCUGGGAAUUCCUCAAAGACUUCUAGAUAGAUCAUUGAAUUCUCUUCUACCUUCAAUGAUGGCUGGUUUAAUCGAAAGAUCUAAAUUAAUAGAAAAUACUCCUGUUGAUGACUUUUUUGUUAAUAUUCAACCGCGCCGUGCACAUAGAAAGAAAAAACACGGUAAACGUUCAGCCAAAAAACAUCAUGCUCGUUCAAAGGCCAUAAUAAAGGCGUUGGAUUCAGUACAAGAAAAUGUUAGUCAUUCGUCUGAAGACAGUGGUACUGCUGCUGAUAAUUUACACUCAGAAACUCAAAAGUUAAUUUAGUGAAUCUAUUGAAUCAUUUUUACUACUAUGUAUAACUUCUGCUCAUUUGUAUUGUCAGUUGCUAGAUAAUUAAGUGACAUAAAUGAUUGCUUAAUACUUCCAAUCACUUGUAAAUCAUUCAUUUCUGCCAUUACUGUUUCGUAAGCAAUAUUUUAUGAAGAUCUACAAUAGACUACUAACUUAAUUUAUUUGUUUGUCUUCUCAGAUUGAUUUCACCUCUAUAUCCGGUAAUGUAUAGUUUAUAUUAUGAUUAUUAUUAAUAUUUUUUUGUAAAUAAAAAAGCAAAACAGUGA